ACAACAAAGCUCACUGCAAAUAAAGCAAAUAAACAAAGAGAACAGAAUCUCUCUUCCUCUUUUUCCUUUCCAAUGUGAAAUUCCUCAGAGAGAAACCAAAAGCACAAGAAGGUUUAUUUUCUUCUUGUGCUUGAAAUCCACAAAGUAAAGGAAAGGAAAACUGGUUUUUAAUCCAAAAUCCCAGUUUGAGUUUGAAUAUGGUUCAAAGAAGGGUUCUCAGUAAGCUUGGUAUUCAAGCUGAUCAUGUCAUAUCUGAGAAGAGCUUAUCUUCUCCUCAACACCAAGAUGGUAAGAGCAGAAAGAGUGACAUCAAUAAGAAAAGCAAAAACACAAGGUCAAUUAAGCUUUUGGAUUUUGAGGCUCCAACUCCAAGGAGGAGCUUAUAUCAACCAGGGAACCAACGGCCUCUUCGUGCUCCAACUGCAGCAUCAUCAUCACUGCAAAAGCAUAAUAAGCCUUUGGUGAGAAUAGAUGGCUCUCCCAAUUACAUGAAGCCCACAAGCAGUUCUGUUGCAAGAAAGGAGAGUUUCCCGGUGAGUCUUCAAAACACUCCAACUGAAAAGAAUUUGCCACAAAAAUGUUCAAGAGCUAGCUCCAUUUCUUGUAUAAAACAAGAAAAGCCUUUGACUCGAUCAUCUAAUUUGAAUUUGGCAAGAUCAUUGACAAAGACUACUACUUUCAAAUCCACCGCAGCGAUUUUGCAUGCAGAUAUGAAUCCACCAGUGAGAGCUACUUGUUCUUCAACUUUGAAAGACUCUAGGUUCCCUGCAUACCUCAUGCUGAAUCAUGGGGCAAAUAAUGAAUAUGAGGGAACUUCAGUCACAGAAGUUUGCCCCUACAAAUAUUGCUCUCUCAAUGGUCAUUAUCACACUCCUUUGUCUUCAUUGAAGAGCUUUGUACCAGCAAAGAGGCGUAUUCUGAAAACCCAGAAGAGUAUGAAGCUGGAAAGUCUGAGCCCUCAAAGAUUGAAGAUGCAGUGUCAGACAGACAGCAGUGAUAUUGAGCAGAAUGUCCUGGAUGGAAAACAUGCACAUAAUGAAGCUGAUAAACGUAACCCAAUAACGACUCCCUUGGCACAAAAAAGCGCGAUGGAUUUCUUUACUGAAAUAUCUGUUAAAAUAAAGGAAGGAGCUGGUGACAGAGAAAACAUUUACUCUGCGGAAGACCUUGAAGAUCAAGAUGACAUGAAGUCUGUGACUGAAGAAGAUGGCAUCAAGUGUGUUAUUCAAACUAUAAAUCAUGAUCUUCCCAAGUGUGAGAUCAAUCUUGAAGAUGAUUUCAAAGACUGGUUUACUGCUGCUGCAAUUGAAGCAGAUAACAAAGGGAGCUCUCCCCAAGAAACAAAUGCCGUAGACGCAGAUGAAAACCACUCAACUAUCUGGUUUGGUGAAGAAAUAUAUAUGGGAAGCUAUACCAAAGAAGUUAGCUAUGAUGGUGAACACAUGCAUAACAUUGAAGUUGAUGGUUGUCAUUCCCAGGAUACUGAUAAUGUUGAAUUGGAUGGUUCUAGUUCCCAGGAUACCGAUAUACAGUGGAAGGAGGAGGAGCAGUUUUUUUCAUUCGGCCAUGGAGAAAACAUUGAUUCUUCUAUCUUCACAAAGGAGGAAAGUGACUCAAACUUUGAGUCCUUAUCAGAGCGCUCACGUGAUGAUUCUGUGACGUGGUUAGAUGAAAUACUUGGCAACCAUCAUACGGAUAUUCUGGUAGAAGGAACACUCAGAGAAGCCAGUGACGAAAAGAACACCUAUUUUGAAGCAAAAUCUCAUGGCUCUAAUUCUGUUUUGGAAGGCACAUGUAAAAGCAUGGAACUUGAGACUCAAGAAAAUGAUUACCUGUCCAAUGGCAUAAGUUAUGAUCAACUUCCUCCAACAGAUGAUGAAGCAUUUCAGCACCUCACAGAUGUAGAAGAAAUAGUGAAUGAAAACUCCAUGAACAAAAAUUUAAAGGCUGAGGAUAGCUUUGAAGAUAGCAACAUAAAGCUAGAGAAUAAUGUUGAAGGAAUUAGCGAAGACAACCAAAUUCACCCAUUUGAGGUGCCAGAAGAAAUCAAUAUUGUUGUUCAGGACCAUGAACUACUGGAGGAAGAUCAAGGUAACACUAGUAAGUUCCAGUGCACAAGCUGUAUAGGUGGUGAAGAUCUUAACACGAGCAAGGAAACAAAGCACAAGAGAAUAGAGAAAGAUGAUGAGCAGCUGAGAAAGAUUAAACCGCGAAAACCAAAUUUCCUCACCUUGGUUCCUGAACCAGAGCCAGAAAAGGUUAAUCUGAAGCAUCAAAUUAUGGAUGACAGAAAAGAUGCUGAGGAAUGGAUGCUUGAUUUUGCACUCAGACAAGCUGUCACACAACUUGCUCCAGCUAGGAAGAGGAAAGUGGCUUUGCUUGUUGAAGCUUAUGAAAAAGUAAUGUCACUACCUAAAUGUGAAAGCCACAAUUCACCGUUUGCUCAUGCAAGACCUAUUCAAGCUUGUAGCUGAUGUAUGUUGCUGAGUUAAACAACUUGAAGUUCGAUCUUGCAUUCUUAAGCAGAGGAGUAAGACAACCAGGAAAAGAAAUGAUCAGGAGUGAUCUGCAGCAUUAUUAUUACGGUGAAGAACUCGGUUCUGAAGCUUGGAGACAAUUCAAAUUGCCAGGUUGCGAGAAUGAGGCAUGGCUCUUACAUGGAGAGUGAAACAAAAAUACUGGAAUUUGUAGUUUCUACUAAGCUGCAUGGAAUUGGUUCACAAAAAUUGUUCAAUGUUGUUGAGUGUUUGCUUUUCCAAGCUGUGUUCGAAGCACUAUUUAUUU